AUGCGAGCGGCUUUUGUUGAUGAACCGGAAAGACACAAGGCAGACUUCAGUUCACCAAAGCGUCGAAAAUGUUUCAAUGCAUUCAAAGCUUUCUACGAUCGUCUGUUGCUCUCCAACCAGACGUGGAAAAUGCAACGACGGAUCGACGAGCCUAUUGCGGAGGGAGAGAGGAUGAAGUGGUCAAGGGUGGCUGCUGCUAGGCGGGCAGCGAACCAGAUGGCAUCGGAUGUCCGAAAGGUUGGAGUUGAAGGGGGAAUGGAGCCGCGAGUACAGAAAUCUCGCGAGGGAGGUGGAGAGGCUCAAGCGGGUUGGGGAGGCGAGUCUUGUUUCUUGUUGAACAGGACAUUUCGAAUAACCUGGAGAGGAGGAUGUGUGAGGCUGCGCCAAGCAGGAGGAAAGUUGAUGAUGGUCGGGCUGAGUAUCUUCCAAGCCUCUCUCUCUCCCUUGUCGCCUGUUACAAAAUUCGAUACAGAUCCAUACAUUGGGUUCUCUUUCAAUCUCCUAUUCUUCGGCCACACCGAGUCCACCUUGAGCGAGGCCGGCGGAAGGAUAAAGAUGCAUGGUAGCGUGCACCCCUUUGAUGGCUAUACCACUUACGGGGGAGAAGUUGUGAUGGAGCAGAGCUCGCCACCAGCUGAAGUAGGGCGCGGAGUGUCGAGGGCAGGAGUAUCAGAGACUCUCCAAGCAUACGCCCCAGCUAAGGAUGAUCUACUUGAAUUUAUGUCGAACUGUCUUCUUCCUUUGCUCGGCCCUUCAUUCACUCAAGAUGACGGCGGAGCCACCUUGUUUCCGCUACUGGAACAUGCAGAGCCUCGGCUUCAUAUUUCAGCAGUCCGGGCCCUGGGAAAUGCGAUUGAUUCGCGCUAUGGCAACAUGGAGAACAUGGCUAAAGCCUCUGUCGUUCGCAUUCUUCAUCGCCUGACAGCUGACAACGAUGAUAUUCGUGACCUGUGGUGUCGCAUCCUCCCGAAGGCGGCUCCGUACCUAGAAAAUCGAGUUGAGAUCGAUAUACUCUUUGACAGCCUCAAAAAUGACCGGGGAAACUUUGGAAAGCCGGUCCUCGGUUUCAAGUCAUUUACGUUUUUGUCAAACAAAAAGGAAGCGGAGCUGCUUAAUCUUGUAUUAAAUGGUGGGGAUGUGGGUAUCGCUGCUGUUGAAGCAACCAUUCAAGUGCUCGCCAAGGGCGGCUCAUUUGAGCACGAACGACUUGUGAAAGCGAACCCAGAUAUUCUGAGCUCCGCUUUACGAUUACACAAGGAUCAAUCUCAGCGUCAACAUUCUCUCAAAUCACUUCGGAGCAUCGUUAUGCAUCUGAGCUACAUCCUCUUUCUUCACGAGGAAUCUGCCAGGGCAUUGUUCUCGUUGUUCGAUGACCCCGAUUCUGGUCUCUCCACUGAACUUUACCAAACGUGGUCGAGUGAUACGAGGGUUUUAAAGAGUGAUACCCUACCUGGGUUAAUCCCUCUUCUUUUUGAUGACAAAAGGCUUUGCAAUCCGUCUGUCACGGCACUUCUUCGGGAGUGGGCUCCCAUCGUGGUGCCCAAGCUCGUGGAACGACGAAGAUUGAAUAUUCUUGUCGAUGUAUUGAGGAUCAAUGAUGUAAAUGUUGUUCGAGCAUACCUGGAGGCGGCCCAUAAUGUGAUUGAAAAUUGUAACGAGAAUCAGAAGGGCUGGUUUGCGGCUGAGCCCAUGUUUGUCCCAGCUGUUGGAGAGUAUUUGAAGGGGCGCGAUGCGGCUAUGCGUGAGAAUGAAGUCCGCUCUGAAAAUUCGGAGCUGGAGUUGCUGCGCGGUGGCUUAGCAGAAUGUAAAGCGGAGCUUAUCAAGGCAUACCUCACAACCAAAGGUGACCCCCCGCACUUUGCGUUCUGGUGGCGGGAAUGGGAGGAAGAUGAAGAAGGGAAAAUUCGGAAAAAGGUACACUUGUCCAUGCCAUUUUACCUCCUAUCUACUUACACGAUUUUGAAGGGUAUGUUUCAAAACCCGUUGAUCAUGUACACCCUCGGGCACGCCCAUUUUAUUGAGUACGGCGACGACAUACAAUCUCAGCUCAACGAGGACAACAAACCUGUUGGUGCCAUAAUUCUCUCCUUACAAGCCGUUGAACAUGUACUUAGGUCCUGGCAAACGGGGACACGCGACAGCAAUGGCACGGCAAGUGCCGGUUACUUCUCAUCCGACAACUACGGAGACCGCACGGUGAAGGAGACAAAAGGGACUGGUCCCUCCGGGAAGACGUUCAUGAAGAUCGAUCCCCGCGCCUCGCGGUUCCUCAAAUCGGCCAAGGACCUCACGGACAAGCACUGGGCGGAGAUUUUUGCGGCUGCCACGGCGUUUCUCAGCAACAGCCGCAAGCGGAAACGAUCCCAAUCAGCAUCGUCAUUCGCCAGUUCAGACCUUGUAGAGGAUAGUAUCCCCGAGUAUUCAUUUGUAUCUGAUUCGGAUUGA